AUGGAAGCUACACAGGGAUUGCCAUCAUACACUGAAUUUGAAGCCAAGGUUGCUGAUUUUGGUUUUGCUAACUUGAUACGAGACGGUGUAAGCCAUCUCACAACAAGGGUUAAAGGCACCCUUGGAUAUUUGGCCCCAGAGUAUGCUAUGUGGGGGAAGGUUUCUGGGUGCUGUGAUGUUUACAGUUUUGGGAUUUUUCUUUUGGAGAUUGUGAGUGCCAACAAACCAAUUGAGAAACUCCCUGGUGGAGUGAAAAGGGACAUAGUUCAAUGGGUCACACCACAUGUCCAAAAGGGUAACUUCACUCAUAUUGCUGAUCCAAAGUUGAAGGGGCAUUUUGAUUUAGAGCAAUUGAAAUCUGUGGUCAUGAUAGGUAUGAGGCGCAUAGAUAAUACCCCAGAGAAGAGGCCUAGCAUGCAAGAGGUGGUGGAGUGGCUCAAGGGUGUGUGUGUCAGUGUCUAUGAUUACAUGCCCUAUCUAGAAUAA